GAUACAUAUGACUCAAAUGAUCCGGUCCUUCUAACUUUUUCUGCCCCUACACAUCGUCCACCACAGCAUCCUCGGGGGUAUCCUAUGGGAGACGCCAUGGCCACCACAGCGGGAUUGAAUGAGCCGGGUAUAACGAGCCUCUUGUCGCUGUCGCUGGCGGCCUCGAACGCAGAACCCGUCCCCGUUCCACCCGCGGCGGCGACGCCGUCGGCCGCCCAUGGUACCCCGUCCAGCCUAGGCAGCCCCAGCGCCGCCGCCCACCACGGCCUCAAGCACCGACGGCUCUCGUCCACGGGCCAGAUGCGGAGGCGCCUCAGCGACGCCCGCGAGGCCGCCAGUCGCCCGACCGCGCACCACAUGCACUCCGCCGCGUCCGCGAUGUCCGCCCUCUCGCUCGCGUCCUCCUCGCCGCCGCCGCACCCACAGAUGGCGCCGUCGGUCUCGCUCGGGUCCGUCGCGGGCUCGCUGCCGGAUAACAAGAACGUCGUGCUCGCGCAGCCCAUCGGCAGCGGCUCGGGCGGGAAGGCCGGCAAGAAGCGCGGGACGACUUUCACUUGCGAGAGCUGUUCCAAGGUGUACCGGCAUCCGUCGUGCCUCAUCAAGCACCGGUGGGAACAUACGCCGCAGUGGCGAGAAGCGUCCAAGUUCGUCCUCAGCAAGCAUCAGCAAGUGCAGCUUCUCGAGGCGGCCGCCAUCCUCUCGCACAUCUCGCCAGACGCGACGGGCACGUCCCUGCCCGAGGACCGCUCGCUCUGGCCGUCCUUCCUCUCGGGCGGCAUGAUCCCCUCGCCCUCCACGUCCGCCUCGACCGCCGGCGUGCACGCCCCGCCGACCGCCCCGACCUCGAGCUCGGUCCCCGCCACGUCCUUCCUCGCCGCCUCCUCCCGCGCCUCCUCCGCCGGCCCGCGCCUGCACGACUUCUCCGUCCGCUCCAGCCGCACGCAGAUCCGCCCCGGCGUCGUCGGCGUCCCCACCGCCGCCGCCGCCACCACCACGACGACGGCCCCGGUGGCCGUGCCCGCCAAGGCCGAGUACCGCGAGCCGCGCAGCUUCUCGUCCUCGUACGACGCGCUCGGCUCGUCCUUCGGCCGCGGCCUCGGCGCGCACGCGCACUCGCAGUCGUUCACGCGCUACUCGGAGGUGCGCUCGUCGUCGGGCUCGCGCUCGCGCUCGGCGUCGCUCGACGAGGAGGAGGAGGAGGAGGAGGAAGAGGGGGGGCAGUACGUCGACGUCGACUUUGACGUCGAGAUGAGCAGGACGUGGUCGGCGGUGAAGGAGGAAGAGGAGGACGGGGAGGAGCAGUUGCAGCAGCUCAAGGCGGCGCGCGCCGGCCACGGCCAGGACGAGAACGAGUGGGCGGGGAUGGACAUGGACAUGGACUGAGGGGUCCGUUUUCCCCGUCCCGUUCGGUUCCCACUUUUUUUUGUUUGCAUGACGAAAUCUUUUCACGCGGACUUUGUGUGGUUGUUUUCCCCCCCGGUCCCCACUCUCCGUGAACGGCGAACGAACGAAUGAAUGAAUGAAUACCUUUUGUACAAUGGCGUGUACUCGUUUUUUUGUUGUGUGUGUUGUCCGUGUCUUGUAUGUAAACCGUUGCUGCAUCCUUUUAUCUAUAUAACGACAUAUAGCCAUAAAC